CAUUUUAUACGGGAAUACACGGCGCGAGCGAUAUGGACUGCGCGGAGGUAUCGGAGUGACUUUGACGUUCGCGAUCGUCGAGUCCGUCCCGUCAUCCUCAUUGUCAUCGUCCUCCACCUUCACCUCCUUCACCUCCUUCCGCAACGCUUCAUCUUCUCAUUCUUCCCCUCCCGUCACCAUUCUUCGUCACCAUCGCCACCUCAGCAAUCGACGUCUUAGCCCACAGCUUCUCCUCCCUCCUCGGUCCCAUCGUCGUCGUCGCCGUUAUCGUCCUCCUCCUCCUCUUCAUCCUCCUCCUCCUCCUCCUCAUCCUCAUCCUCUUCAUACCCCUCCCCCCUACCCCAACCCACCGCCACUAAAGCGACUCGGUUUUCCUCUCCGUCGGCCCCCGCCCCUCCCGUUCAUCGUCAUCACCGCCCCUUCCGUCGCCUUCUUGUCAUAUCAACCGCGUUCUCGACGGCCGUGAUCGUCGUCAACAUCAGCGUAAUCAGCCCCUUAGAGAGAAUUAUUAUCAUUGUUAUCAUCGUCAUCGUCAUCUAGCUCGCGAGUAUCAUCAGCGCCAUCGUCAUCGGCGGACCAAGUCGUAACGAGGUAAAGGUAGACGCCGCUAGUGACGAUUCUCAACUGCUCUCGAGUCUCGAGUCUCGACAUCGUCCGCGGUCCACUCCUUCUCGCCCGUAACUCAUAAGUUGCACCUUGGCUCGCGCACUCGUAACUUAACGCGGUGACGACGGCCCGCCGAGACUCUCUGUCCUUCUCCCUCGCGUGUCGCACGACCGUCCAGUCACGUCUGCGGCUCGCGGCGCGGUUUCGCUUCGAGGAAGGGAAUCUAGGAACGGCGACGCUGUCGCGCUAAUCCCGAGGAUAAGUGACUCGCGGAGCGGCUAGAGCUGGGUCCGAGGCCUCGAGAGCGAGAAGAAUCGGGGACGCCCCGAGUGCUCGUCGUCGAACCGGUAAAUACUCAUGUUUUCAUUGCCGAUAUCGAGUGUGUUAUUCGAUCCUGACACCGUGUGUGCGACAUAGCCCUCCCAGAUACGCAACGCCGAAGCGAUGCCCGAGGCCCUCUCAUGACCACUGGGGCCGCUCAUUGAGGACGAUAUCGAGACCUCCCGGACAUUUGUUUACGCGAAGGACAUUAAUCCAGUGGAUAAUAAAAUUGCAGUGUAGAAGGGGCAUUGGAGCCUUGAAGUUUGGUCUUCGUCGUUGGUCUCUUGUCACGUAGCUGCUGCUUUUGCAGCGUAGAUUUUCGAGGCGCGAGAUAACGAGAAUACGUCGUGUGAGCUGUAACUGCACGAUGCCCUGGAGCUUACCGAAUCCACGGAUUCUUUGGUAAAUAGCAAUAGCGACGCGCGAGGCAGCGAUGGCUCGGACUUGCAAAUAUUGGUCGAUUUUAUAGUGCAGCGUGGGCAACGUAAUAAGACCGGAGAAUUAUGGCACGUCGACGCAAAACAGAGGCUAAAGCCCCACUCAAGCAGCAGCCAAAAUCUUCGGCUGUAAGAAAAUCCAGCAGGCAACGAGCUAAGAAGCAGUUGGAAGAGAAUAAACCAAACGGUGAUAUUUUAUCCGUGAAUCUUAAUAACUCCGAAGAUUGCAAGGACUUGGACAAUUACAGCGGCCAAGAGUCACCAAAAAAAAUCAACGCAGUUCCUAAAAAAUCAACUAGAUACAAAAGUUUAAUUGAGAAAGAAAAAUCUGCAACGGAAAGUGCUAAUAGUUUAGGUGGAGAAAGUGAUAGUCAGGAUGACUCAAAGACUGAUUCGCCACCUAUACAAAAGUUUGAAACUAUCGAAGAUAGGCAAAUUAUUGCCAGCGAGAGUAAUUUAAACGAUGUUAUUUGGCCAGAGGACAUUAUAGAAGAGACCAUUAUUUGCGAAGAAAUGGAGGUAGAAGCCGAAAUGGCGGAUAGUUGCUCCAUAGCGCAGGAUGGUAGCGUUGUGCUCGAGCAAGUACUACUCAUGAACGAUUCACAUUUCGAAGGGAAAGACGUCGUUGAGUAUACGGUGAUACAGAGCGAAGAUGGAACUGAGUCAAUGAUGGUUUCCUCUGAUAAUGUCGAAAAUAUAACAUCCAUAGACAAUAGCUAUAAAACCACGGAUAGCUAUGAAAUGAUAGAACAAGGUCUCAGUGUUUUACACAUGACCGAGUCGGAAGUCCUUGAACCCUUGGAAGAAUCUGAGAGCGUUGUGAUUACAGAAAAUGACAAAAGUAACGAAGCUUCGCCAUAUGAUUUUAAUAAUUUUGAUAGUUGCAAAUCAAAUGCGGAUAAUUCUAGAAAGGAAUAUCGAUCAUUAAGAAGUGUAACCAAAAGCGGUAAGAGUACAAAACCUAAAAAGACAGUUAACGCUUGCGAUACAAUUGUUAAAAAAGACAGUGAUAAUAAAAAGAAAAAACCAGAAGCAUCCUCUAAAGUACCGUUAAUCGAAGAUAAAUUAUUAAAUACCGGAGGUAAAGAAAAGACAGUAAAAUCUAAAAAAGUUAAUCCUAUUGUAUCCACUAAUAUAAUUGAACAAAAUAAUACUCAACAUUCUAUAGUAUUACCGCAAAACACUGUGGUCUUAACUCAAGAAUACGAUAAUAGUUCAUUGAUAUUUGAUAAAAUGGAAAAUCAAGAAAUAUUACAAGUACCUUCGACCGAUUCAUUAAAAGAUAAUAAAAUUGUAAAUAAUUCUAUAAAUUUUGAACAAAAAAGUAUUUCAAAUCCUAUUGAUAUAAAAAUCGAUGUUAUUAAUCGUUUACCAGCAAAGUCGAAAAAUUUAUUAUUUAGUAGUGAAGAGCAUUCCAGAGACAGUGAAAUAGAUGGAAAAUUGGAUUCGGAAGAUACUAAACUGUCUAGUAGUAGUGAAAACAGUAAUGACACAUUAUUAUCAUCCAAUAGUUGCAAAGUUUCAGACUUUAACACAGAAAACAAAAGUACAUUAAAUCAAUUAAAUGAGUCUGACAAAAAACCAGGUUUUAGAAGUCGCAGUGGAAGUACUGAUACAACGGGCUCAGAAAGUGGAUCGAAUAGCUCUGGGGUACGUCGCAGUAAUAGAAUAAGAACCAUAGGAUUAAUGAAACAAAGAUCUCGUGGACGUGGAUUAGUUACAAAACCAUGUACAGACUCUGCUAAAAUCAGCAGUCAACAAGAUCGAGAUAAAUUAAUAAGUAAUACAUCGCCAAUACAAGAGAAAGAUACUGCCAAUCAAAGUAAAGAUAAUUUAGAUAGUAUUUCUGAAACACAAUCGGACAAGGAAAAUAAUAGCAAUAAAACCACUAUUUCCCAAGAUAUCCUUACACCAUUAAUAACCGCUACUGGUACGACAGGCUAUGAUUCCGAUUCUAAUAAGCCCGUAAAAGUUAAAUCGCGUUGGCGAAGAUCUAGCGAAUUAGAAAUGAGCAAUUCUGGAUGUUGGUCAGCAUCCCGUCCAAAUUUAGGCUUUUCUAAUCUCACAAUGACGGGAACAUCCAUUGGAAUUGUUUCUAAUUCCUUAAACGAUACAAUUACUAAAUUACCAUCUCUACCUGUAGGAUUGACACAAGAGGCGAAACCUAUAAGCGAUUUUCACGAUACAGUAACAUUAGUUUCGUCACAAAUUACUAUGGAUACGAAUAUUAUCAGCGAUACCUUGGCAGUUGCAAAUAAUCCACUAAUAAAUGCUUCGACAAUGUUUAUUCCAAAGACUAUAGGGGCUAAGAUUUCUUUACCAAUGGUUCCUACUGGCACUGAUAGAGAAAUGGAGGAAAGACUUAGUCAAUUUGAACAUUUAAAAGAAAAUUUGUAUCUAACAGAGCGGUAUACAAGUAAAGAAACAAAGCGAAUGGUGUGUGAUUGUUUUUUAACUGAAGAAGAAUUUCAAAGAGGGGAACUUGGUUGCGGAGAAGAUUGUCUUAAUAGGCUUUUAAUGAUUGAAUGUGGUUCAAGAUGUGUUGUUGGCAAUAGAUGUACUAAUAAAAGAUUUCAAAAUUGUGAAUACGCAAAUUGUGACGUUUUUCGUACGGAACGAAAGGGUUUUGGUUUGAAGUCAACAUGUGAUCUUAAUGCGGGAGAAUUUAUAAUGGAAUACGUCGGUGAAGUAGUUGAUCCAAAGGAUUUUCGGAGAAGAGCUAAAGAAUAUUCAAAGGACAAGAACAGACAUUAUUAUUUUAUGGCCUUAAAAUCUGAUCAAAUUAUUGAUGCGACGAUGAAGGGAAAUGUGUCACGUUUUAUUAAUCAUAGCUGUGAUCCAAAUGCUGAAACUCAGAAAUGGACCGUUAAUGGAGAGUUAAGAAUUGGAUUUUUUAGCAAAAAGUUUAUAACGGCUGGCGAUGAAAUUACUUUUGAUUAUCAUUUUCAACGAUACGGAAAAGAAGCACAAAAAUGUUUUUGCGAAGCACUAAAUUGUCGAGGAUGGAUUGGUGACAAUCCAGAGGAAAAUAAAGAGAAAAUAGAAUAUGCAAAAGAUAUGGAAGAUGUGGAGGAUGAUUCAGAAGACGAUGUAGACGACAAAGACGACAAAGAAGACGAAGAAGAAAAACCUGAAAAACAAAUAAGAAGAAAAAGGGAGGAGAAGAAAGUUCCAGAACAUAUGGAAGAUGAAGAUUUGGAAGAGCAAAUCGAUAAGCUUUGUUCAAAUGGAUUGAAAAAUCGAGCCCACACGUUAACUCUCAGUCGACUAAUGGUUCGCAGUAGAGAAAUACAACACAGAACACGACUCUUAAAAGUUAUACAAUCUGGUGAACAGCCGUGUCGAAGGUUAUUCCUUGAUUAUCAUGGCUUACGUUUAAUGUGGAGCUACAUGAUGGAUGUCGCCGGAAGUAUAAAUGAAGAGACACAACAAUUUAGAUUAGAAAUUUUAAAGACUCUGGGUAAACUGCCAAUUCCCAAUCGAACUAUGCUAAUCGAUAGUAAAGUUCUUAGCGUUAUAGAAAAGUGGUCGAAACAGUUGUAUCAUUCACCAAGUGGAGAUUCGCCGGAGGACGAUCAAUCGAAAUUGAAAUCAAAUAACGAUGAAACGGAGAUGGAUAGUAGCGAAAAGGCUAAUUUAGAAAGUAGUGUGCACGAUAGCGAAAUAAAAAAGGAAACGGAUCCAGAAAUUAAAAGCGAAAUUAAAGCGGAAGUCGUUGAGCAGUUAUUUAUUUCUGAAUUAGCGUCUAAUUUAUUAGUAGAUUGGUCAAAUUUGAAAGAAGUUUUUAGAAUACCAAAGAAAGAACGCAUCGAACAAAUGAAAGAGCAUGAAAGAGAAGCAGAUCGUGGAUACAAGGAAGAUGUGGAAAAAGAAGCAAAGGAGAUUUCUUCUUACGAAAGGCAUAGAUCUGAUCGAUAUAGCCGUAACGAAUUAGAAAAGCGUCCCGAUAGAAGGCGAGGAAGAGAUUCCCCGGAUUUCGAACACAAUCGGUCCAAGGAUAAGCGAGGUUUGGAAGAGCGACCGAAUUUAGUACCGGUACCGCGUAUGUCGAAAUUCGAACGCCGACAAUUAUUUGCAAUGAAAGUAGCUAAAGAGGAGGAGGAGCGCCAGCGUCGUCAACAAGAGGAUUCCUGGCAACAGCACAAGGCUCAGUGCUUAGCUUUGGGAUUGGAUCCUUUCACGACCGCGGCCUUCGAUCCUCAGUCCGGUUAUCCCCUGUUUUUCAAUCCCCAGCUAGGCCAAUGGCAAGCUUAUCCCAUACAAGAAGGUGGCGCUGAUCUCGGCCAGCAGUGCGCCUCGGUCUACAUGGGACCCACGGGAACCGGUCAGACACUUGCUAAUUCCUCGCAGCCGACGACGAUGCUCGUCACUGGGCCCGUUUAUCCUGCCUACGGGCAGCUCCAAGUAGGUCCGAGUGGUCUUGUGCAGAUUCAUAAUGGAGCCCCCCUCGCCUAUCCAGAUAAACGAGACGAGCCGAGGCCAGUGCCCCCGACCGAGCCCGACCGAGCCCCGCAGCCGGAACUCGCUCCGCCGCCUCCGUUGGAUUUGCCCCCCAAGUGGAAAUGGGCGCGCGACAAACGUGGUCGAAUCUAUUAUUAUCAUGCAAAGGAACGAGUAUCGCAGUGGCUGCCACCGCCACCCGAUCACAUCGCCGUUCAGCCCGACUCCUCGACUACGUCGGAAUCGAGCGGCGAGUCGAGCGAAUCCGAGGAGGAGGAGGAGGAAGCCGACGAGCAAGUCGAGCAACAAUCGGCCGAGGGAAUGGACCUGGAUGUGACGGCUCCGGAGACCCAGCCAAAGCCUGACAUCGUUCCAACGCCCAUUGUUCCGGAAACGAAGAAGCGUAGGGAGGGACUCGUUCAGGAAAGGAUUAUUAGCCCACGUAGAGAGGAGGAUCGUGUAGAUCAUAAAAAAUACAAAGUUAUAAAAGAAAAAUUGAGACGUCAGAAGGAGAGAGCAAAACUAAAGGAACAUUUUGAGAAAAUGAGAAAGCAUCGACGUAGCAAUAAAUCCAAGUCUCAUGCAAAACAUAGUACAAGUAAAUUCCAAUCAAUUACGUCGGAUAUGUCACCAACAAUGGAACGGAAGAUUAAAGACACUUUUAGAAUUAAUAUGGCAAAUGUAAUGGUACACUUUCUUAAUCCAUAUAGAAAAAGUGAUUGUAAGCAGGGGAGAAUCACAAAUACCGAAGAUUUUAAACACCUUGCGCGUAAAUUAACACAUUUCGUUCUUGCAAAAGAAUUAAAACACUGUAAAAGUGUUGAUGAAUUAGAGUGUAAUGACAAUGUAAAACAUAAAGCUAAGGACUUUGUUCGAAAAUACAUGAGCAAGUUUGGUGCAGUGUACCAAAAAGGUACUGAUGAAGACUAGUUUAAAUAAUAGUGUAGACAAAAUAAUUUUUGUUAUUUAUUAUGCGAAUGUUUAUCUUUAUCGACUUGUGUACCGUUCGAAUGAUCGCGUGUAAAUAGGUCACGCGAACUGUAGAAAUAUUGUAAAAUAUUAAUCACUUUUUAUGAUGAAUGAGAUAGCACAAGAUAAUUAUAGUGAUUGUUGUUAGAUGUUUCAUUUUUUAAUUUCGAAAGUUUUGUACAAAUAAUUGAUUUACUAAAUAUGCAGGAACUUUCUUGAGCUGUUUUCUUAUUCUCAUUUUGUAAAUUGUUCACAUAGAAUCAUGGAUUCAUAUACGAAGAAAACAAACUGUUAUAAAUGUAAAAUUUGAGCUACUUGUAAACAGCGAAAAACUUA